GAUACGCUUUAGAGACACGGUUUGUCAGAGAGAUCAUAAAGCAUAGGGACAACCUUAACCUAAGCCUUAGCCUUAGCCUUAGACUGCAAGUAACUCAAUUGUAUAUAUAAGAGAAGGGGGUGAUGAUAAGGAAUCAAAGAGCAAGCUUUUAGCUUUUCUCCAGGUACUUGGAAGUCCUGAAUCUUUCUUCAUCCAAUCAUACAUCCCUCUUAUUCUUCUCAUCUAUACCUUCCAUGGCACCACUUCUCAAUACAAAGGUGAAUCUCUCAGACAUCUCUCUCAGGCCCUUCGAAGAAUCCGAUCUCGACGACUACAUGACUUUCAAGGGUGAUCAUAAUGUGAGCCAAUUCUGUGGCUGGAAUACCAUGUGCAAAGAAGAAGCUUUCGAUGACCUGUUGUAUGCCAUCUACACCCACCCUUGGUACAGGGCAAUCUGUGUGAAGGACAGGCCUAUAGGCUGCAUUUUUGUUAAGCAAGGCAAAGGCAGUGAUCGAUGCAGAGGCGAAAUUGGGUAUGUUCUAGGCUCAGGGUAUUGGGGACAAGGAAUUACUACACAUGCUGUGAAGAUGGUGAUCUCUUCAAUAUUUAGUGAGUUGGAAGGUUUGGAGAGACUUGAAGCUCUGAUAGAUGUGGAGAACUUGAGAUCUCAAAGGGUUAUUGAGAAGGCUGGGUUCAUUAGAGAGGGUGUUUUGAGGAAGUAUUGGAUUCUAAGGGGGAGGACCCUGGACAUGGUCAUCUAUAGCCUUCUCAAAACUGAUACUACUGUGCAUGGUUUAUAUUCUUUGGAGACAAUGUUGGAAAUGUCAUCCAUUAGUUAAGAGAACUCAUAUUUUAAUUUAGUUAAAUCCAACAUUUUAUCUAGAAGAAUUUUUAUUAUCAUACUUUUUUUUUUUCUUCCAUGCUAAAGAUUCUAUUUUAUUGAGUAUGUGGGGUAUUUCUUCUGUA